AGACUUCUGUUGAGCUUUGAAGGUCCUGAAUGAAUCCCCCGCGACAGCCAUAGGGUUCUUGAGAGACUGACAGAGUCCGCAAAUCUUCGUUUCUGGAUAUAGAGUAAAUCUAGGUGUCAUAUUUUAGAAAGAGAUAUACGAGCAGAGGAAAAAUGUCUUCCUUCGAUGAAUUCAGCGUCGACGGAGAAGACCCUAACUCCAACUACGGCUCUUACUCCAACUACGGCUCCUUCUCCAACUACGGCCCUGAAGAAGAAUUCUCCAGCGACCAUCACCACGCUUCCGGAGGUUUUCCGGCGGAUGGAGAUGUCUCAGUAGACCACGUGCAAUCUCCGGAGAUCUUCGGCUAUGGAUCUUCCUCCGUGGAUGUUGAUCCGAACCCUAGCUACUCGCAGUCUCCCUUUGGUUCAGUUCACGUGGAGCAUGGAAACGGUAAUGGCUACGGCGAGGGAGAUGAUGACAUCUUCGCCUCAGACGGACCAGUGCUGCCACCACCUGGCGAGAUGGAACCAGAGGAAGGAUACGCCCUUCGCGAAUGGCGAAGGCAAAAUGCAAUUUAUCUCGAGGAAAAGGAGAAAAAAGAGAAGGAAUUGAGACUCCAGAUUAUUGAAGAAGGUGAGGAGUAUAAACGAGCUUUUUAUGAGAAAAGGAAGCUUAAUGUAGAGACUAACAAGUCUAACAAUAGAGAAAAGGAGAAGCUAUUCUUGGCCAAUCAAGAGAAGUUCCAUAAAGAGGCAGACAAACAAUACUGGAAGACUAUAGCAGAGCUUAUUCCACAUGAGAUUCCCAAUAUUGAGAAAAAGAGAGGCAAGAAAGAUCAAGACAAGAAGCCAUCAAUAACAGUCGUCCAGGGUCCGAAGCCUGGGAAGCCCACUGAUCUGUCACGGUUGCGACACAUACUUGUGAAGCUGAAGCAUACACCCCCACCUCACACGAUGCCACCCCCACCAGCCCCUGCAAAGGAUACCAAAGACGGGAAAGACGGGAAAGAUUCCAAAACUGGAAAGGGUACAACAGGCAGUGCAGCUGCGUCGGCAGCUAAUGGGGCACCCGCAUCUGCUGCUAAAGAUGCCACCUCCGACGGUUCUUCUAACUCAACCCUGCAAGAGACUCCUGCUGCUGAUGGCACUCAGCUUGCCUCAGCAUCUGAGCCCACGCCAGCAGCAUGAUUGCUUACACUACCAAUACAAUACUAAUGCCCUUCAUGGAUUCUUUUUAUUUCUCAUUAACAGAUGUACUUUCUCUCUCAAUGUUCUAUCUGUUGAUGUUUCUUAUCUGAUCAUGUGAUUUGUCAACCCUCUUGACUUUUUAGACCAAAAUCGUAUUUAUCUUAUUUGUGUCAAGUUUUUGGGAGGA